AUGGACGCGGCCCUGAGCAAAGUCCCCUCGGACUGUGUAUACGAUUUGAGCGCUUUCGACCCUGCUAAUGUAAACCCUCAGACGAUACAGUUGAACCGUUCCAUUUACUCCAAAAGUCAGGAGGAUGCGAAAUGGUGGGAGGUCGGAGCAGAAGUCUACCGUGACAUGCGGGAGAAAGGCCAGGCCGCCUUUCCCGCAUUCAAAUAUGUCGAAGGAGCCACAAACAUUGACAUUCCGUCGAGAGAAGAAGGGAGAACUGUCUUGUGCCGAGUCAUCAAGCCUUCCACGCCGUCAACCCAACAGCGAGGGAUCUUCCUGCACAUCCACGGCGGCGGCUGGGUUCUGGGAACGGCCAAAGGCCAGGAUCAUCUUUUGAGUCACAUCGCAGAAAACACGGGCCUAACGGUGCUCUCGGUCGAAUACAGACUUGCACCUGAGCAUAAAUACCCUGCCGCUCUGCACGAUUGCGAAGAUGUUGCCGACUGGCUUGUGACGAAUUCAGAAGCAACACUAGGCGGCAAACUCUGCUUUCUGGGUGGAGAGUCUGCAGGGGCGACGUUGUGUGCACUGGUCCUGCUUCAUCUCAAGGAGAGGAAUAAAGCUGCAGAGAUCAAGGGCGUGGCUCUGAGUUAUGGGUGCUUCGACCUGUCCAUUCUCCCUUCGUUGAAGCUCGCGCCCAGCACAUCCCCGAUCCUUACACUCGAGGACGCCGAACGGUUUUACAGCGCCUAUAUCGAAGACAUGCCCUUGGAAGUCCGCAAGACUAGAGCGGUAUCCCCAGCUUACGCCGACUUAUCUGGACUGUGUCCGGCGCUCUUCCUGGUCGGGACCGAGGACGCUCUGGUCGAUGAUUCGGUCUUGAUGCAUUUUCGCUGGCUUCGAGCGGGGAACCCGGCCGUGCUGCGUUUCGUGCCCGGCGCGCCCCAUGGAUUUACGCUGUUUGAUGCGGCAGCCGUGGAAGUUGCUAAGAGUGGUUGGCAAAUCACGAUCGAGUUUAUCCGGAGCCUGCUCUGA